GCACUUUAUAGCGUCACAAUCACCGAUGCAGUGAUAUUGAACAUGGCGAAUACCGUCUGCGAGGUCAGUCUUGACCCAAGCGUGGGAAUAAUUGAUGAUUUCCUGGUCCUUGCUGCCAAUGCAGGACCUUGGCGGGCCUGGAAGCACGUAGGCGCUACUUGAAUCCUACAAAUUCGUGGCGGCAUCCAUCGCGUUCUGCUAACGUUUGUCGCUGUCCUGACUACUCUGCUAUUGUUUGUCGCAUCCAUCCUACGACAUCAGGGUUCUCCACCCGUGCUACCAAAUUCUCCGAGGAAGUUAGGGUUUAUCGUAUGAAGGCAUAGGUACAUUCGUACUGUCGGCGGCCGCGUUACCGGAUUGUCAUUGUCCGUCAUGUUGACGGCUCCUCGAAUCAACGGACGUUUCACGCAGCUCUUGCUGUUGGCCGCAGUUCUUCUCAUCCUUAGCAUACUCUUUUACGCCAAUGCCGACGCCAUUCAUAUCCCGGAGAGUGUGUCGCUGAAGGCUCCAGUGAAAAGUCGACCGCACCAUCCUAUUGAUGAUCUGAUUGAAGAGGCGGAUCGCCAACAAGAAGAUUUGUUGCAGAAAGAGUCGCAUACCCUGGCCGACGCUGUGCGCGCAUACGAAGACCGUAGAGGCCGACGACCGCCGCCAGGCUUUGACGUCUGGUACCAUUUCGCUCAAGACAACAAUGCUUUGGUCAUUGAGGACUUCUUCGACCGCGUAUACCACGACUUGAACCCCUUCUGGGCCAUACCUGCUCACACAAUUCGCCAGCAGGCCGGCGACAUCUUCCACCGGAUCAGUGUUCGAAAUGGCAACACUUCACAGCUUAGCGAUCAACAACGACCUUGGCUGGAUCUCUGGGAAAACAUGAUUGGAUCCAUCUCGCAACAUUUACCCGACCUUGACAUGCCGAUUAACGUCAUGGAUGAAUCGCGUGUCGUGGUACCAUGGGAGACGAUAGACGAAUACAUGACUGCAGAAGAGAAGACACGUCACAUUGUGCCGGCCUCCGAGGUGGUGCGCAAGUUUGGCAAGACGUCUGUCAGUAAAGAUGAGAAAGUCCCCGCUUUCGACCCUCAGUGGGAAGGUGGACCAUACUGGGAUCGCGCUGUGAUAGGCUGCCAUCCAAAUUCGCCUGCUCGAUCAUACAAGGCAGAAGUCGACUACAGUGUCUUUCCCCCCUUAAACAACUCGUACCCAGAGAAGAGCCACGAGGGUUACGUCGCGAAUUGGACCUACGUGAAGCAGCCUUGCGAACAUCCUCAGCUUCAAGGUCUGCAUGGUACCUUUGUUGAGCCAAUCUCAAUCUCGAACUCCAAGAAGCUCAUGCCACUAUUUGGCGGCUCGAAGCUUCCAAUGAACAAUGAGAUUCUGCUACCGCCAGCCAUGUACUGGACGACCGAUCCCUUCUACUCGGGUGGAGAUGACCAUGGGCACGAGUGGCACAAGAAGACAAACAAGAUCAUAUGGCGUGGUGCUGCUUCUGGGGGUCGCAAUAAGGAUACGACAUGGGCGCGCUUCCAACGCCAUCGCUUUGUGUCAAUGAUGAACAGUACCAGCAUUGCCCGUGCUGAGGAGAACGGCAAGCAACCCAAUUUUGAACUUCCCGAGCCAGGUCAAUAUGAUUUGCCAUCGGGCUCUCUGGCGAAGUGGGUGGGAGAGUCUGCGGAUGCGGCAUUUGUCCAUCUUCUCUGCUUCCCAGACACACGACCGCCUUUCUGCGAUUAUGACGAUGCCUUCUACGAAGUCAAACCUUCGAUGCCCAUGGGCGAGCAAUACAACUACAAGUAUCUGCCAGACAUUGACGGCAACUCGUUCUCCGGACGUUAUCGUGGCUUCCUCGGAUCAACAUCUCUACCCAUCAAGGCGACUAUAUACGAUGAAUGGCAUGAUUCACGAAUGAUGCCGUGGAAACACUUUGUGCCAAUGGACAACACGUUUGUCGACAUCUACGGCAUCAUGCAUUACUUUUUCAACGGGCGCGACGCAGCAGCGAAAAGAAUAGCGCUGGAAGGCAAGAAAUGGACAGAGACUGUACUUCGACGAGAAGACAUGCAAGUCUAUGUCUUCAGACUGCUGUUGGAGUAUGCAAGAGUGUGUGAUGAUGAGCGAGAAAAGCUUGGAUGGGUCAGUGAGAUGGAGGGCAUAUUGCUGGCAGAUAGCCAUGGCUAGUCCACUGCGGAUGACUACUAAUAAUGAAUGUAAUGUCUCGAGAAUACAUAUGACAAGCUUUUUCCUCAUCUGUGUCAUUUCUG